GAGAGGGAUGUGAAGACUCAAAAUGACCCUCUUACCAGGAGACAAUUCUGAUUACGACUACAGCGCCCUGAGCUGCACCUCCGACGCCUCCUCCCACCCCGCCUUCUUCCCGCAGAGCCAGUCACUCAAGGGCGUCUUCUACCGCCGGGCCCAGCGGCUGCGGCCUCAGGAUGAGCCCCGCCAGGCCGGCCUGCCCGAGGACCGCCGGAGGCGGAUCAUCAUCAAUGUGGGUGGCAUCAAGUACUCGCUGCCCUGGACCACGCUCGAGGAGUUCCCGAUGACGCGGCUGGGCCAGCUCAAGGCCUGCACCAACUUUGACGACAUCCUCAACGUGUGCGAUGACUACGAUGUCACCUGCAACGAGUUCUUCUUCGACCGCAACCCGGGGGCCUUCGGCACCAUCCUGACCUUCCUGCGGGCGGGCAAGCUGCGGCUGCUGCGUGAGAUGUGUGCCCUGUCCUUCCAGGAGGAGCUGCUGUACUGGGGCAUCGCCGAGGACCACCUGGACGGCUGCUGCAAGCGCCGCUACCUGCAGAAGAUGGAGGAGUUUGCCGAGAUGGUGGAGCGGGAGGAUGAGGAAGACCCGCUGGACAGUGACAGCCAGGACAGUGAAGGCCUGGCGGAGGGGGAUGGCCACCGGGGCCACUGCAUGCGGAGGCUGCGUGACAUGGUGGAGAGGCCGCACUCGGGGCUGCCAGGCAAGGUGUUUGCCUGCCUGUCAGUGCUCUUUGUCACCAUCACCGCUGUCAAUCUCUCCAUCAGCACCUUGCCCAGCUUGAGGGAGGAGGAGGAGCAGGGCCAGUGCUCCCAGAUGUGCCACAACGUCUUCAUCGUGGAGUCGGUGUGUGUGGGCUGGUUCUCGCUCGAGUUCCUCCUGCGGUUCAUCCAGGCGCCCAACAAGUUCGCCUUCCUGCGGAGCCCGCUGACCCUGGGGCUCACGGCCCGCCGCUGCACCCGGGAGUUCGGGCUCCUGCUGCUCUUCCUCUGCGUGGCCAUCGCCCUCUUCGCCCCCCUCCUUUACGUCAUCGAGAAUGAGAUGGCCGACAGCCCGGAGUUCACCAGCAUCCCCGCCUGCUACUGGUGGGCGGUCAUCACCAUGACAACUGUGGGCUAUGGAGACAUGGUACCCAGGAGCACGCCUGGCCAGGUGGUGGCGCUCAGCAGCAUCCUUAGCGGCAUCCUCCUCAUGGCCUUCCCAGUGACCUCCAUCUUCCACACCUUCUCCCGCUCAUACCUGGAGCUCAAGCAGGAGCAGGAGCGGGUGAUGUUCCGGAGGACCCAGUUCCUCAUCAAAACCAAGUCGCAGCUGAGCGGCCUGUCCCAGGACAGUGACAUCUUGUUCGGAAGUGCCUCCUCGGACACCAGAGACAAGAACUGAGCCUAGAGCCCACCACCGCCACCCCCAGGACCCCCCCCACCCCCAGCCCUGCCUGCGGCUUGACGCUAUCGCCAUCACUGCAGACGCCUUCUACGGCUCAUGCCAAUUCUGAACGUGGCCCUGGCCGAGGACUGACCCCGUGCACGCCCCCUGGGAGAACGUUCACAACAUCCCAGAAGGGUCCCUGCCCUCCUCAGCCAGCCGAGCUGGUCCCAGCACACAGCGUGACCGUCCCCGCCCGACCCAGCCCUCCAGCCUGUGUCCCUCGAUAAGGAGAUGGCGUGUUCUUUCCACCAUGUAAAUAGCCCGCCCAGCAAAGACCUGCUUUACGGGUGUGCCUGGAGGAAAAAUACAAUCGGCC